GGAGCUGCAGCCGAGCCUGUUGUUGAAGCCGGGACCCUCGUCACGUGACGCGGACGCCGAGCCCGGAUGAUAUUCAGCGAAGCCGAUCGCGGGCUCUGUGCGCUGCGGAACGGGGAAGAUGUCAGUGGAGGACCCUUUCUUUGUAGUGAAGGGGGAGGUGCAGAAAGCUGUGGCCUCGGCGAGCAGUCUGUACCAUCGCUGGUGUGAGCUGCUGCAGGACACCUACAGUGUCAGCAAGGAGGAGUACGACUGGACCACCAACGAACUCCGCAACAGUCUCCGCAGCAUCGAGUGGGACCUGGAAGAUCUGGAUGAGACCAUCGGCAUUGUGGAAUCGAACCCUCGGAAGUUCAAGAUUGAGACGGGGGAACUGUUGGAGCGGAAGGCAUUUGUUGUCCAGACAAGGCAGACCGUGAAGCAAAUGAAAGAUCACAUUGCCAGUCCAUCUGCUACUGCGUUGGCUGAGAACAGUGACCGACGGAAUCUCUUUGGGGGUAUCGACCCUCUGAGGAAACCCGCAGAUCGAUACCAGCGUCUGGAUCAGGAGCUGGAGAUCGCAAACUCCCAGUACAUCGAGGAGCAGCAGGUACAGCAGAGGCUGAUAGCAGAUCAGCAAGACCAACAGCUCGAGCUGGUGUCCGGAAGCAUUGGGGUCCUCAAGAACAUGUCCAACAAGAUAGGAGACGAGCUGGAUGAACAGGCGGUGAUGUUAGAUGAAUUCUCUCAUGAGAUGGACAGCACCCACUCGCGUUUGGAUACCACGUUGAAGAAAUUAGCCAAGGUCUCCCACAUGACUAGUGCACGUCGCCAGUGGUGUGUGAUCAUUGUCCUUCUCGUCAUCCUGGUCGUAGUUCUCAUACUACUCUUCGCUCUGUGACUACUGAGUUGGCGACAUUUAACUUGCUGUACAGUGGGGUGGGUUGGGGAAGGGGUUGGUGGCUGCCAGGGACAAUUGGUGACUGGAGCAUCUGCCCCUGCAGAGUUGGAACAACGUGGCGUCCCAUCCUGGUCGAGACAUGAUACCAGCCUGUUUGAAUACAUCAGUGUGCUCUGAAAAUACAUGACCAAGCUUGCUGUGUGAACACACGAAGGGAAAGGAAUGUAAAGAAUUGCAUUUUUAUUUAGUUACUUGUAGCAUGUGUACAGUGAAUACAGGGUAGUUGUGGUCAGAACAUUAUCUUCAAUCAUUUUAAUACAUAAUGCAUUCAGAUUGGCAACAGUAGCAAAAGGAACCCUGGUUUGCCAGCAACAAUGGGAACCCAGGGAGUUAAUCUGCACAUAGUGAACUUUGUGUUUAAAAAUAGUGUGCCUUAAAUUCUGUGGCCAGGUUUCCAUAAGACUCCUGUUAUUUGAGGAAGUGAUUGGAAUUAAGGGAACAGAGAUUGUGAUAUUCCUGAACACACGGCAUGAGUUGUUAGGAACCGUGCAGGUCGUGCAUGCAGGCUGGAGAUCAUGUUUGAUGUAUGGUACACUCUGAGUACAUUCAUAUGACCCCCUUUGGGCCUUGUAUUUUACUCACAACCAGGAGAAAUCCCUGGUCCAGGGAACUAAAUGCACAAUCUAGGCUGGCAUUCCAGUUUAUUGCUAAGAAAUCAAUACAUUUUACAAUUGAAAUUCUCAAAAUCAGGCAGACUGCUGGAGAUUACUUGACCCAGGUUGGAAAUGCACAUAGGCUCUUGCCAACUCCUACGUUGAUGGAUAGUUUUCUUUCCAGUGAGAGCCUUUGGCAAACAUGUGGGAGCAGGAAUAUAGAGAACUGUUUGUUCACGAGUUUUGAAAUACUGUUUUUUGGAUGAAAUGUUAAACCAAGAUGCUAUCUUCUCUCUCAAGCACAGCUUUUUUUUCCCCUUCCAGCAUCAUGAACAGUAUUUCAGAUAGAAUCUCAGCUUGUGGAGCAGGUAUCUAUUCAUCCUCCUUUCUGAUCUCAGGCACACACCCUUAUCCUUUAAGUUGGUCAAGAUCAGUCUCCAGUUCUUCUCUGCCGAGAGUACACAUCUGUCCCUACAUUAGUGGGAGAAAGGUCUGUGUAAAAUGUUUGCCUCUGAAUACCCCACAUUCUGUCGUACUCUUAAAGGAACAGGAGCCAUAGCCAUUGGGUAGGUCUGAUGCUUUUCUAUAAUGUUCCACCUUCAUAAAGCAGGCUGGAGAUUGAGCACAGCUCCCAGCUUCAAACACCACGGACGUGGGCAAGCAGUCCAAAUGGGAAACACUUUUACACUGUGUUGAGAUGCCAAGUUUGUACUUUUAUUUUUGUACAUCUUAUUCUAUGGAUUAUUUCAGAAUAUAUUUUGUUUGCCUUUGCAAUAGCUUUUUAAUGCCCCUCACAUUUUGUCAAUGUAUAAUAAAUUAUGUCAAAAAAUUCUUCAGCUAUUCUGUGGGAAUAAAAGUAAUUUAAAAUAAACUUGUGCUUCUCAUCCAUUCUCUUUACACGAUGCCAGAAGAGCUGUAGCAGUGGGGUGCUGGUUUUUCAGAUGGAUGUUCUUCAGAUCAGACAGGAGUGAAUGUACUGCUGUGGGUUUAUUUGACCAGGUUGGGAAUGCCUCAAGAUCCUGUCCCUCACCUGGGUGUGCUUGUUUUUCACAAGAACCACUGGGGAAUAAUUUGGUACAGAUGUAACAAGCAUGUGUCAUGACAGCCUUACGCAACAGUUUUUAUUGAAUUAAUUGCUCUGACCCAAUGAGAAUUCUUCCAGCAGUUACAGUUCGAAGGGCCACUAGGUGGGGAAUUACUUGUGGAAUAUGCAGAACUUUGCUGAUCAAAUGGUUGCAAUUUCAAUCCACUUCCUUCUGAAACUCUCAUCUUGUGUGCCUUUGUUACCUCACAAUGAGAUUGUUCCAUCAGAAUCCUUUCAAGCUUUCUU